AUGCCAGCUAAAGGUAAAUACUUCUUCAAUGGAAAUGAUGACUGCAGGAUAUCAGACCCGCUCUAUGAGAAGUAUCGCUAUACGAGCCAGCAGCACCCACUCCUGCUGUUGCUGCUCUUCAUUGCAAUCGUCUUCUGGACUACUCUGAUUAUAAUCUUCUUUGUCAUUGAUGAAGCUCGUAGUCAUCUUGCCUUCAUUGCUGCAGUCUGCACUGCUCUCGUCGUAUUUGCAAUCAUGUACUUACUUUUAUGUAUUGAAUCCCUGUUUCGGAGAUGGCUGACGUUAUUUGGAGUUAUGAUUUGGAUUUGCUUCUUAAUUGUAGGAUAUGUAUCUGUUUUUGAAAAAGAAAGUGAUUAUCAACUGUGGGAACAGGUGCCAUUUUUCCUAUUCAUAAUCUUCACCGUCUAUACCAUGCUACCCUUUGGGAUGAGAGGUGCUGUCAUAAUCAGUGUUCUUUCUGCUCUCUCCCAUAUUAUUGGUCUAAGCAUUGUGGUAAGCAUGACUUCUCAGGAAAGUAAGGAAUCCAUUCUAUUUCAGCUACUUGCCAAUGCUGUCAUUUUUCUUUGUGGUAACUUGAUGGGUGCAUUUCACAAACGCCAAAUGCAGGUUGCUUCGUGGGAUUUGUAUAGAUACACAUUAAAGUGCAUUCAGGUCCGAAUGAAAUUGAAGAUUGAAAAGAGGCAACAAGAAAAUUUGCUUUUAUCCAUACUACCAGCUCACAUCUCCAUGGAAAUGAAGCUAGCAAUCAUAGAGCGACUGAAGGAAACUAAUGAUAAUAGACAAAUGCAUGACAACAAUUUUCACAGUUUAUAUGUAAAAAGGCACCAAAAUGUUAGCAUUCUUUAUGCAGACAUUGUGGGAUUUACUCGGCUUGCCAGUGACUGCUCUCCUAAGGAACUAGUAGUGAUGCUGAAUGAACUUUUUGGAAAGUUUGAUCAGAUUGCAAAGGAGAACGAAUGCAUGAGAAUAAAAAUCCUGGGAGACUGUUACUACUGUGUCUCUGGCCUACCUGUGUCCUUACCAGUUCAUGCCAGGAACUGCGUUAAAAUGGGACUCGACAUGUGUGAAGCUAUAAAGCAGGUGAGAGAAGCCACGGGCGUGGAUAUCAAUAUGAGGGUUGGUAUUCACUCUGGGAACGUGCUGUGCGGUGUGAUCGGCCUCCGGAAGUGGCAGUAUGACGUCUGGUCGCACGACGUGUCCUUAGCCAACCGCAUGGAGUCCGCGGGCGUACCUGGCCGUGUACACAUCACUGAAGCAACCUUAAAUCACCUAGGCAAAGCUUAUGAAGUAGAAGAAGGGAAUGGACACCUCAGGGAUCCUUACCUUGAAUCCAUGAAUAUCAAAACCUACUUAGUGGUUGAUCCAAGGUCCAAACAGUGCCUAUCAAAUAAUCAUCUCCCUAAAACACGAGUUAACGAUGGGCUGAAGAUGCGAGCAUCUGUUCGGAUGACACGUUAUUUAGAGUCCUGGGGAGCAGCCAGACCCUUUGCCCACCUGAACCACAGAGAAAGUGUGAGCAGUGACUCCUCGAGUUGCCAAGGAAGGCGAAGAAAGGAUAUACCUUUGUGUUCCACUGGGCGCCAGAGAACUUCUGAUAGAAAUUCAUCUCAGAAGGGAAGGACAGAGGAAGAUAUAUAUGAUGAAAUGAUGUCAACAAUUGAGGGCCUCAGUUCAACCAAUCCGUGGUGUGGCAAGUCGGAUGACUUCUGUGGAUUUUCACUGAUUUUUGCUGAACCCGGUCUUGAAAAAGAGUAUCGCACCAUUCCUAUUUUAAAACUGAAGAGUUACUUCGCAUGUGCCAGUUUUGUGUUCGUCUGUAUAUUUCUGAUACAGAUGCUUAUAAUGCCCAAAACUGCAAAACUAGGAAUUUCCUUUGGCAUUGUUGCAGCCAUCAUUGUGCUUAUUUUGUUUGUGUGCUUUGCUGAGAAUUGCCUGAAGUGCUGCUCGGAGCAGUGGCCUUUCCUGCGCCGUCUUUGUGCUGUCUCGGAGAAGGUGGAAACAAAGCCUUUACUUAGGCUUCCGUUAGCGGUCAUCACCAUAGGAGCCUUGUUGAUCAUAGCCAUUUUUAAUCUG